CAGACGAUAGAAACGGCAGUCAGUCGAGCGGGGAGGGAGGUAAUGGAAGUCAAAGGAGGGCGAAAUAAAUCAGUCGAUGACUUCUUCUUCUUCGCACUGAAGCAAUUAACGACAACGAAAACUGAACAGAAAACCCCAAACCAGAAGCACUCUUCUUCUUGUUCGCAUUAUUAUCAAUAAUCUCUGGUUGGAUGGUUAUGCAUGUAAAGAUUGCAGUUUUCAUUACUUAGAUCGGAAAUGGUGCAAUGUUUUCGAUUUGGUUACUUUGCUGAAAGGAUCUCUUUCCGUCUGGAUAGUUGUUCUUCGUACCGAUGGGUUUUAGCGUUUGUCCCACUUCUAUUUCUUUUUCUUAUUGGGGGAUACGUUGGGAGGCCUUUUUAUCCAUUUCCGAUCAAGAGCAAGGUAGCCGAUGGCAAUAGACAGCCCCUACAAACGUUUCGACCUUAUAAUGUUGCACAUCGAGGUUCAAAUGGGGAGCUUCCCGAAGAAACUGCAGCUGCAUACAUGAGAGCUAUUGAAGAAGGUGCUGACUUCAUAGAAACAGAUAUCCUUGCCUCUAAAGAUGGUGCCCUUAUAUGCUUUCAUGAUGUCACCCUUGAUGAUACAACUGAUAUUGCGGACCAUAAGGAGUUUGCAUAUCGUAAAAGGACUUAUGAAGUCCAAGGGGUUAAUGUCACUGGUUGGUUCACUGUUGAUUUUACACUACAAGAACUAAAGUCUUUAGGGAUGAAGCAGCGUUACAAGUUCCGGGAUCAACAAUACAAUGGGAAAUUCUCAAUUAUUACCUUUGAAGAGUUCAUUUCUAUUGCACUAGAAGCGCCAAGAGUUGUAGGCAUUUAUCCAGAGAUAAAAAAUCCAAUAUUUAUCAACCAACAAGUUAAAUGGGCAGAUGGGAGAAAGUUUGAAGACAAGUUCAUAGAUACGCUUAAGAAGUAUGGAUACAAAGGUUCAUAUAUGUCAAAGGAUUGGCUGAACCAACCAGCAUUUAUCCAGUCAUUUGCUCCUUCUUCACUCAUAUAUAUUUCAAACUUGACAGACUUGCCAAAAAUCUUCUUAAUUGGUGAUGUGACAAUACCAACACAGGACACAAAUCAGUCAUACUGGGAGAUUACUGCAGAUGGUUACCUUGAGUUCAUAAAGCAGUACGUGGUUGGAAUUGGACCCAGUAAAGAAACAAUAGUCCCUACAUCAAAUAAUUAUUUGUUGACACCUACUGAUCUUGUUGUCAAAGCACAUGCUCAUGACCUACAGGUGCACCCAUACACAUACAGGAAUGAGGAUACGUUCUUACAUUUUGACUUUCAUCAAGACCCAUAUGCAGAGUAUGAUUACUGGAUAAAUAACGUAGGAGUUGACGGGCUUUUCACAGACUUCACAGGGAGCCUUCAUAAUUUCCAGGAAUGGACUUCCCCCUCUUCUGAUGAUAGCAAAGCAUCCAAACUACUACAUAAGAUUGCAUCAAUGAUGUCAACUCAUGGAAGAGUAUGAAAGGAGAUUUUAGAAGUUAUGUGGAUGAUAAAAUUGCUAGGUUAUUUCAUAAAAGUGUUUUUUCUUUUUUUCCAAUUUCUGGUACUUUCUGUCAUUUGAUGUUCAGAAAGCAGUUUUUAUUCCCUAUUUGUGGCUUGAAAAGUAGCCACUAUUUUGAUAUUCUGUUUCCUUUAAAUACCACAUUCUCAAUCAUGAUUCCUUCUACAAUGAUCUUUGGUGAUA